AUGGCUCCUCCAACCUUGACAGAAACCGCACCGCCGGCCACAGAUCCUACAGCCACUAUACGGGGUGCCCUCGACGACUACACGGUGAAGGGUGAGACUCCAGAGAUCGCAAAGACCCGCGCCCUGUUCCCCAAACCGCCUGCUUUUGAAGACAAGGCCAAGGAACGAGAACAUCUCAAGGGAAGACUCGCACUCGCAUUCCGCAUCUUCGCGAAAUUUGGCUACGACGAAGGGGUGGCCGGACACAUUACGCUACGAGAUCCCGUCGACCCAACGACGUUCUGGGUAAACCCGUUCGGAGUGCCGUUUGCUCAUAUUCGAUCUUCGGAUCUGAUCCAGGUCGACCAUGAAGGCGUUGUCAUUGCAGGCGGAGAGAUCCGUCGAUUGAACACCGCUGCGUAUAUGAUCCACGCUGCAGUCCAUGAAGCUCGACCAGACGUCCAGUGUGCCGCUCACAGCCACAGCAUCUACGGCCGUACCUUUUCUACUCUGGGAAUUGAGCUGGACAUUACAACCCAGGACUCUUGUGCUUUUUACAAGGACCAUGCCCUGUACGCCCAAUUCAAAGGUAUAGUUCUAGGCAAGGAGGAAGGCCUGAACAUCGCCAAAGCCCUGGGAGAGAAAAAGGCCGCUAUCUUGCAGAACCACGGUCUGUUGACUGUUGGCAGGACCAUCGAGGAGACCGUGUUCUGGUUCUACGCUCUUGAGAAAUGCUGUUACAGCCAGCUAUUGGCCGAUGCAGCUGCGAAGGGACGAGGAGGCGAGACCGUGAAGAUCCCCGACGACGAUGCCCAGUAUACGUUCAAGACGAUAGGAACGCCCUUUGCUGGAUAUUUCAACGGAUUGCAGCUGUUUGAAGUCGCGGAGAGGGAGAUGAAGGGAGCUCACCUAGAGUAG